CCGUCGCACCAAAAUGGCUGACCGUUCGAUGUAGGAAACGUCAGUGUCUGAGAGAGCGUAUAGAGGCGGAUUUUUUACCACAAAUGUAUAAUUUAUAGUUAACAAUUAGUUCCACUAUUUAUUUAUUGUUGUGCUUGUGCGAGACAAAAGUGGUGCGUCUAGGAUGUCGGGCGAACGGGAAAUACCGGCCGAGGAUAGUAUUAAAGUCGUGUGCAGGUUUCGGCCCCUGAACGAUUCGGAGGAGAAGGCUGGCUCGAAGUUCGUCGUCAAGUUUCCGCAGGGCGGUGACGAGAAUUGCAUUUCGAUCGCGGGUAAAGUAUACCUGUUCGACAAAGUCUUCAAACCGAACGCGACCCAAGAAAAGGUCUACAAUGAGGCGGCGAAGAGCAUCGUAUCGGACGUCUUGGCCGGUUACAACGGCACGAUAUUCGCCUACGGACAAACGUCGUCCGGUAAAACGCACACCAUGGAAGGUGUCAUAGGCGACCCCCACAAACAAGGUAUCAUACCUAGGAUCGUCAACGACAUCUUCAACCACAUCUACGCGAUGGAGGAGAACCUGGAGUUCCACAUAAAAGUGUCGUACUUCGAAAUUUACAUGGAUAAAAUCAGGGAUCUGUUGGACGUGUCGAAGGUGAAUUUGAGCGUGCACGAAGACAAAAACCGAGUUCCUUACGUGAAGGGGGCGACCGAAAGGUUCGUCUCCAGCCCCGAGGAGGUGUUCGAGUCGAUCGAGGAGGGCAAAUCCAACAGGCACAUAGCCGUCACCAACAUGAACGAGCACUCGUCCCGUUCCCAUUCGGUGUUCCUGAUCAACGUGAAACAGGAGAACCUGGAGAACCAGAAGAAGCUGUCCGGCAAGUUGUAUCUGGUCGAUUUGGCCGGUUCCGAAAAGGUGUCCAAAACUGGUGCCGAAGGUACCGUUUUGGACGAAGCAAAGAACAUCAACAAAUCGCUGUCCGCAUUGGGCAACGUGAUCAGCGCAUUGGCCGACGGCAACAAAACUCACAUCCCGUACCGCGACUCGAAAUUAACCCGUAUCCUGCAGGAGUCACUCGGCGGCAACGCCCGCACAACAAUCGUGAUAUGCUGUUCCCCCGCCAGCUUCAACGAAGCGGAAACCAAAUCCACCCUCGAGUUCGGCAAACGCGCCAAGACCGUCAAGAACGUCGUGUGCGUGAACGAGGAACUGACCGCCGAGGAAUGGAAACGCCGCUACGAAAAGGAGAAGGAGAAGGUGGCCCGGCUCAAGGGCAAAGUGGAGAAACUGGAGGCGGAAUUGGCCCGUUGGCGCAGCGGCGAGACGGUCAAGGUUGAGGAACAGGUCAACUUCAAUGAGGUCUCGGAGGCGGUCACGCCGGUCUCCAACGCGAUGGAGGACAGCGUGAUCGAGCCGCCGGCACCGAUGCCGGCCACGCCCGCCCUCAUGAUCGGCUCCACGAUCGGCGUCGAGGAGCGCCAGAAGCUGGAGCUGGAGCGGGAACGGUUGUAUCAGCAAUUGGACGAGAAGGACGAGGAGAUCAACCAGCAGAGCCAGUACGUGGAGAAGCUGAAGGAACAGAUGCUCGAGCAGGAUGAGUUGAUUGCGAGUACGCGACGCGAUUAUGAGGCGCUGCAGGCCGAGAUGAACAGGAUACAGCAGGAGAACGAGAGCGCCAAGGAGGAGGUCAAGGAGGUGCUGUCGGCGCUCGAGGAACUGGCCGUCAACUACGACCAGAAGUCCCAAGAGGUCGACGCCAAGAACAAGGAGAUGGAGUCGCUGUCCGAGGAGCUGAUGCAGAAGAAGGCGGCCUUGAACACCUCCACCACCGAGUUGCAGCAGUUGAAGGACAUCAACAGCCACCAGAGGAAGCGCAUCGCCGAAAUGCUGAGCAACCUGCUCAAGGAGCUGGGCGAAAUCGGCACCACUUUGGGCGGCGAAGGCAACGAGAUUAAAAUAUCGAACGACGCCGCCAAACUAGAGGAGGAGUUCACAGUCGCCAGGCUCUACAUCUCCAGAAUGAAGAGCGAGGUUACCAAUUUGUCGCAACGCUUACAAGAUACCGAAAACAAAGAGCAGGACAGCAACCGCAAGGUUACGGAGUACGAAAAGGAACUAGGCGAAUGUAAACUGUUAAUUUCACAACACGAGGCUCGAGUGAAAAGUCUUCAGGAAUCGAUUCGCGAAGCUGAAAACAAGAAACGUACGUUGGAGGAGAGCGUGGACGCACUCCGGGAAGAAUGUGCUAAACUUAAGGCUGCCGAACAGGUAUCUGGUGCUAGCGAAAGCGAAAAGAAGGAAGCCAACGAAUUACGCGUCGCCUUAGAACAACAAAUGGACCAAUUGACUGUGGCGCAUCAAAAACAAGUUGCCGCUCUUAGGGAUGAAAUCGCUGAGAAGCAACAACUCAUCAAUGACAUCAAAGAUUCAAAUCAGAAACUGACGCUGGCGCAGCAGCAGCUCCAGAUCGACUACGAGAAGGUCAAGACGGAGGAGACGGAGAAGUCGCAGAAGCUCCAAGAGCUCAUAGCGACGAACGAGCGACGCGAACAGGCCAGGAAGGACUUGAAGGGGCUCGAGGACACGGUCGCCAAGGAGCUGCAGACGUUGCACAACCUGCGCAAGCUGUUCGUACAGGAUUUGCAGGCUCGCAUGAAGAAGAAUCUGUCCUCGGAGGACGUGGACGAGGACGGCGGCUCGUUGGCCCAAAAGCAGAAGAUCUCCUUCCUCGAGAACAACCUUGACCAGCUGACGAAGGUGCACAAGCAGCUGGUGCGCGACAACGCGGACCUCCGCUGCGAACUGCCCAAGCUGGAGAAGCGCCUGAGGGCGACGAUGGAGCGCGUCAAGGCGCUCGAAACCGCUCUCAAGGACGCCAAGGAGGGCGCCAUGCGGGACAGAAAGAGGUAUCAGUACGAGGUUGAUCGCAUCAAGGAGGCGGUGAGGCAGAAGAACCUGGCGAGACGGGGUCCGGCGGCGACCAUCGCCAAGCCGAUCAGGUCGGGCCAGCAUCACGGCAUCGUCACCGGGAACGUGUCCAUCCGGACGGGCUCCACACCCAAUAAACCCAUGGAGGAGUCCAUUAAACGCAAAUCACUGAUUGUAGAAUGAGUCGCUCACCAAUUAAGCGGGUGCUGGUAGUAAGCAAAAAAGAGUAAAAAUCGUAAUACCAAAAAUAUUGCUGGUACAUCUAUUUAUCAAUCGGUCCACCUCGCAAAAUCGCCUGGAUGUUUUGCGGGGUGCGACUCACGUAUAUGUGCUUACAAGCUAUCUAUUUAAGGUGCACACGUUUCUUUUUAUUUCAUUUGAACCAAUGUAGUGCAUUGCAUAAAUUGUUCCCCACAACUUAAACUGCAUUACUGUUUAUAUAACCCGUUUUUUGACGUAAUUUGUAUAUCGGUGACUUUAAAAUGCAUUGAGUUUCAGUUGUGAUAUUAAAUGCAUCUUAAAGUAAUUUAUUUUUUAUUUAUUGUACUUUACCAAAUUGUGAGGAUUACAUUCGUCGUGUAAUUCAUGAUGGUACUAAUAAAAAAAAAAUCGUUGAUCCAUAGAGUUAAGUAGCACGUUUAUAAUUUUUUUUAAUUAAUAAUUGUAGUGAAAUUGUAGUUAUUUUUUAAUAAUUGAGAUAUUUGUACAGCAAGAUCAUAUUUUUUAAAUUAUUCUUUUAACUUGUAUUAUAAAUGGUUUUGUAUAAAAUUUUGUUUUGACUUCAGUUGCUUUAUUAAAAUGAAAUACUUUAUAGUUUCUUAGCCAGUUUAUGUUCAGAUUGGUUGUUCAGAAAACUAGCUUGACUGGCGCAAGUUUAAGUCGCUCUGAACGUUUUACAAUCCGUGCACUGUCAAUAAACGAGUGCAAUAGUGACGAAACGGUUUACUGAAAUUAGUUGUGAUACAAGCGCGUGUUUUCCUAUUUUUAUAGUUUUAGAAUAUACAAAAUUAUUAAAAAAAAAUGCUUGAAAAUAAUACAUAAUCACGUUCUUGAUGUGUAACUUUACUUAUGUGUUAUUUUAUCUGUUUUACUUUCGAAAGUAUUAUUGUAUGCUAUUUUCUCCGUAUGUGAUGCACAAUUUUUUUAUAACUGAUGCAUUUCAUGUUACACUACUGAAUUAAUUGUCUUUCAUUGUAUUCCCUAUUUCCACUCUCAAUAAAUUUGUGUAGAUAAUUUUCUUUUUGUUCUGGAAGGAAACGCUAAUUCUGUGUAGUUGUAACAAGAUAUUUGAUAGUGGAUGCUUGAGUCAAUGAUGCAAUUUAUUUAUUUAACUGAUGAAAUUAUAUUCUAAUAAACUAAUUAAUACAAAUUCCA